AUGUCGAAAACCACCUCCGUCGCCCUCAUCGCAGCUCUAGGCGCGGGAGGCGGCGCGGCAUUCACAGCAGCGAUGUACUCCCUCCGCACGAAGCAGCCCGCGACCGCCGCGCCGACAACACCCUCCUCCACGAACGCCUUCUCCCUCGCCCCCUCCGUCCCCGUCCCGAGCAACCAAGUCUUCGACAACAAGAAUGCCGCCCCCUCGCCGUCCGCGCCCCCGCCCGUCCCCGGCGCCAUCCCGGGCGCCAUCGUCGACCCCUCCGGCCUCUUCGAGUACGGCUUCCCCGGCCCCGUCGCCGACCUGGCCCCGCGUGCCGGCCUCGUCUCGAGCUACGACCGCCGCACCCGCAACCCGCACUGGGUCGUCGAGCACAUCACCCCGGCGUCGCUGGCCCAGAAGGGCGGCGACCGCAAGGGCAGCGUCUUCCUCGAGGACCCCACCGUCCCCGAGAAGUUCCAGGCCAAGCUCAAGGACUACUUCCGCAGCGGCUACGACCGCGGCCACCAGGUCCCCGCCGCCGACUGCAAGUGGUCGCAGAAGGCCAUGGACGACACCUUCUACCUCACAAACAUGUGCCCCCAGGUCGGCGACGGCUUCAACCGCGACUACUGGGCCCACUUCGAGGACUUCUGCCGCCGCCUCACCACCCGCUACCCCUCCGUGAGGAUCGUCACCGGCCCGCUGUACCUCCCGAAGCGCGACCCCGUCGACGGAAAGUGGUACACAAAGUACGAGGUCAUCGGCAACCCGCCCAACGUCGCCGUGCCGACGCACUUUUACAAAGUCAUCUUCGCCGAGGACGGCAAGGCCGGGGGCAACGUCGCCAUCGGCGCCUUCGUCCUGCCCAACGCCCGCAUCCCCAACGAGAAGCCCCUCGCCGAUUUCGAGAUGCCCCUGGAGGCCGUCGAGCGCGCUGCCGGUCUGGAGUUCGCGUCCAAGCUUCCGCCGCAGCGCCGCAAGAGGCUCUGCACCGAGGCUUCGUGCGCCAUCAUCGUGAAGGACUACGCGGAUAGGCAGAAGGCUUUCACCAAGAAGUAA